CGGCACCAAAACGCUUGUCUGCCAGGUCCUCUGCGCUCUGCAGCCACGAGCUGCCGCCACCGCCGGGUCUCUCUAGGUGAGUGCCUGUGUCCCUUUUCCUCUCGCCCGCCCCGAGGUGACUGGGGAUUUGCUCCAAGUGGCUCAAGUGCUCAGAGGCGGUGCUGCCCAUGGCCGGGCCGGAGAGACGAUUGAGGGCGCCUGACCGGCUGGACGGGUACUCGUCUCAGUAAUUUGCACCUGGAGACACUCAUGUUCCAGUAAGUUGGAGGCAUCUCUGCUGCCACUUCAUGAUCCAGGGGUGUGUGACCCAGUGAAGUUCCCAAGGUGUACAGCAUGACCUUGCUGCUCUUGGGUGCGGUGCUGCUGGUGGCCCGGCCCCAGCUCGUGCCUUCCCACCCAGCUGUUUCCGGCCCGGGUCCCAGACAGCAGGAGCUUCUGAGAAAAGUGGGUACCCUCCAGGAGGACACCCGAGAAGGUGCAGCGGCCAAUGGUUCCACAAAGCAGUUACCACAGACCAUCAUCAUUGGGGUUCGCAAGGGUGGUACCCGAGCACUGCUGGAGAUGCUCAGCUUGCAUCCAGAUGUGGCAGCGGCUGAGAAUGAGGUUCAUUUCUUUGACUGGGAGGAGCAUUACAGCCAAGGCCUGGGCUGGUACCUCACCCAGAUGCCCUUCUCCUCCCCAAACCAGCUUACCGUGGAGAAGACACCCGCCUACUUCACUUCGCCCAAAGUGCCUGAGAGAAUCUACAACAUGAACCCUGCUAUCCGCCUGUUGCUCAUCCUGAGGGACCCUUCAGAGCGCGUGCUGUCUGACUACACCCAGGUGUUGUAUAACCACCUUCAGAAGCGCAAGCCCUACCCACCUAUCGAGGACCUCCUGGUGCGAGAUGGCCGGCUCAACAUGGACUACAAGGCUCUCAACCGCAGUCUGUACCACGCACACAUGCUGAACUGGCUGCGUUUCUUCCCACUAGGCCACAUCCACAUCGUGGAUGGCGACCGGCUCAUCAGAGACCCUUUUCCUGAGAUCCAGAAGGUUGAAAGGUUCCUGAAACUGUCUCCGCAGAUCAACGCUUCAAACUUCUACUUUAACAAAACCAAGGGCUUCUACUGCCUGCGAGACAGCGGCAAGGACCGCUGCUUACAUGAGUCCAAAGGCCGGGCACACCCCCAAGUGGAUCCCAAACUACUUGAUAAACUGCACGAAUAUUUUCAUGAGCCAAAUAAGAAAUUCUUCGAGCUCGUGGGCAGAACAUUCGAUUGGCACUGAUUUGCUGUCAGUUAGGCCAGGGACUUGGCCUGUUGUAACUUCUGGUGUACAUCUGUGGGCAGGGGGGAAAGAAUUUUAAAAAUGCAUUUAAGCUAUAAUUUAUUUGUAAAACCCACAAAUGACUUCUGUACAGUAUUAGAUUCACAGUUGCCAUAUAUAGUAGUUAUAUUUUUCUACUUGUUAAAUGGAGGGCGUUUUGUAUUGUUUUUCAUGGUUGUUAACAUUGUGUAUAUGUCUCUAUAAUAUGAAGGAACUUAACUGUUGCACUGAAAAAAAGAUUUUUUCUGGAGACGUCUUUUUUUUUUUAAAUAUAAUUAACUUGCCUCCAAUUCAAAUAGGUCUCUGUUUGCACCCUCCUCGUCAAAUCUAUAUUCUUUUUCUGCUUAAAAUUUUUAUUGGUAUUAUGGACUUCUCUCCUUUCUAAAUUUGUUCUUUUAAUAUGUCUUGAUGUGGUCAUCAGAUGAAGUUUUUACUUGCACUUUAAAUUUCCUCUUCACUGAGAGUCUCUAUUAUUUUUGGAAGAGUCAGUUGUGUCCUUUCUCAAGUUAGCCUGCAUCUGGGUUUAACCCCUGUCAGCCUACAUGUGGGCUUAACCUCUGCCAGCAUUCGUAUAUAUUUAAGUCAUGUAAAUUUCCAGUGCAGAAGAUAGUACUGAGGAUGGAAACACAGAUGAUGACCUGGAAGUUCUCUAAGAUCAAAUUUUGUCUCAGAGGAUAUUAGCAUAUACCUCCAAUUUCAGCAAUGGGCAAGACCCAUAAUAAACAAGAUUACAUUCUCUGAUACAUUUCAGAAUGAUCUUGGGGCUGGAAACUUUGCCUUUUGGAGCAAUUGGCCUCUGAAAAUCUACUUGAUAGAGAGAAGGAAACAUG